AGGAAGGGUUCCUGCUGAAGAGACAGAGACCUCAGCCCUUGAGAGAAAAUCUCAGAUAACCUGACUUUGCCUCUGAGACCCUUAGGCCUUCGGGAACAAACAGGAAUCAGGCCCAGAAGCAGACCCAUUUGUCCUUAGACCUUUGGCAAAAACUUCACGAGGGAGCUGGUCUUUGAGUAGUUGAUCAAUUUAUAAUCAUCUUGUCUGGCUAAAGAGGACUGGAGUGACUUGAGAAUAUCUAGAAUAGGAAGUGUGACCUUCAAGGAUCUGACCCAAAUGCUUGGGGAGAAAGUUCUGUCUUCUCGGAAAUAUGCAUUUAUCCAAGAGGGAAACAUUGAGGAGCAAAAAAAGACUUCUGAAUUCCUUACAGCCAGGUUCCAGGAAUCACUAACAUUCAAGGAUGUGGCUGUAGACUUCACCCAGGAGGAAUGGCAGCAACUGAACUCAGAUCAGAGAUACCUGUAUAGAGAUGUAAUGCUUGAGAACUAUAGGAACCUGGUCUCUUUAGGGCAUCAGGUUUCCAAACCAGAUGUGAUCUCCCAGUUGGAACAAGGAGAAGAGCCUUGGAUAGUAGAAAGAGAAGUCUCCACAUAUCCUUGCCGAGACUGGGAGACCAGGAAUAAAACCAAGGAGUCAACUGUAAAGCAAGACAUUCCUGAAGCAGAAUCAUCCCAGAAAAUGACGUUGGAAAAAUUCACAAGGGAUGGUGUCUGGUACUCUGAGCUAGGAGAAACUGAUUCUCAGUUUGGAAUAGAGCAGAAUAUCAGGGAGGGAGAACUGAGACAAAUUACAGUUUCCCAAGCAAAAAUAAUUCCUAGGAAGACAAACCACAAGUGUAAUGAAUAUAGUCUUGUAGCAGAACAAAUUGUUCCUUCAAAAGAAAUUGCUCAUAAAUGUGAUAUAUAUAGGAAAACCUUUUACUGUAAUUCACAGUUAAGUGACCAUCAAAAAAUCUGUGUAGAGAAAAAGCUCUUUGAGUGUAAUGAAUGUGGGAAAGCUUUUAGUAAGAGUACAAUCCUUAAGAACCACCAGAGGAUCCACACUGGUGAAAAACCCUAUAAAUGUAAUGAAUGUGGAAAAGCCUUCAGACUUCGUGGGAACCUUACUCGACAUAAUAGAGUUCACACUGGAGAGAAGCCCUAUGAAUGUAAUGAAUGUGGGAAAGCUUUCAGGCUUCGUGGAAACCUUAAUCAACAUAAAAGAAUUCAUACUGGGGAGAAACCCUAUGAAUGUAAUGAAUGUGGGAAAGCCUUCAGAUUAUAUGCACACCUUACUCAACAUAAAAGAAUUCAUACUGGAGAGAAGCCUUAUGAAUGUAAUGAAUGUGGGAAAACUUUCAGACUUCAGGGACAUCUUACUAAACAUAAGAGCAUUCAUCCUGGAAAGAAACCUUAUAAAUGUAGUGAUUGUGAUAAGACUUUCAGUAAGGGUUCACUCUUGGUAAGUCAUCAGAGAGUUCAUACUGGAGAAGAACCUCAUAAAUGUGAUGAAUGUGGGAAAGCCUUCAGUUCACGUGCAAGCCUUACUCAACAUAAAAGAAUCCAUACUGGAGAGAAACCCUAUGAAUGUAAUGAAUGUGGAAAAGCCUUCAGCCAGAAUGUAUGCCUUACUCAACAUAAGACAGUCCAUACAGGAGAAAAACCUUAUGAAUGUAAUCAGUGUGGGAAAGCCUUCAGUCAGAGCAGACACUUAAAUCGACAUCAAAGAAUUCAUACAGGAGAGAAACCAUAUAAAUGUGAUGAUUGUGGGAAAUCAUUUAGUAAUGGUGAAUUCCUUAGGCAACAUCAGAGAGUCCAUACUGGAGAGAAACCCUAUAAUUGUAAUGAAUGUGGAAAAGCCUUUAGACUUCGUGUACACCUUACUAGACAUAGGAGCAUUCAUACUGGAGAAAAACCCUACAGAUGUAAUGAAUGUGGGAAAACAUUUCGUCUGAGUACACACCUAACUCAGCAUAAGACCAUUCAUACUGGAGAGAAACCCUACAAAUGUAAUGAAUGUGGAAAAACUUUCCGGUUGAGUACAGACUGUACUCAACAUCAGAGAAUCCAUACUGGAGAAAGACCCUAUGCGUGUAAUGAAUGUGGGAAAGCAUUUUGGGACAGGUCAUCCUUUACUAAACAUCAGAAAAUUCAUACUGGAGAAAAACCCUAUGAAUGUAACGAAUGUGGAAAAGCCUUCAUUCAAAGUUCAUCCUUUAUUCAACAUUGUAUUACUCAUACUGGAGAGAAACCCUAUGAAUGUAGUACAUGUGGGAAAGCCUUCAGCCUUCAUGCAAACCUUAUUCGACAUCAGAGAAUUCAUACUGGAGAGAAACCCUAUAAAUGUAAUCAAUGUGGGAAUGUCUUCAGGCACAGUUCAACCCUGAUAAGACAUCAGAGACUUCACAGUGUAGAAUAAUACAGAAUUUAGGGUGUGAGGGGAAAGCUUUUGUUAGAUGUCCCUUAUUUAGAUACCCUAUGGCCAUCAUGCUACUGUCACCAGCUAUGAUUUGGUUUGGUGUAUUUUCAUGAGACAUGUACUUCGUUUCAUAUUUUUCACCCAUUGUAUUUCAUGUAGAAGGGGAAUUGGUUUGUUCUACUUGGCCCUGGACAGCAGGCCUAGGAGAAGUGGUUGAAAGUUAUAGAAGUGGGAUUUUGCUAGUAGUAAGGAAAUAUUUCCUAACAAUUAAAGCUAUCUCAAAGCAUAAUCAACUGACUUGGCAGAGCUUAGGUUUCUGUUCACUAGAAUGCCUCUAGUGAAAGCUUUGAUGGCCAUUUUGUGACCAGAGCAUAGUGAUUAAGGUCAUAAUUCUUCAGAUAUGGAUUGACCUAACUGGCCUGCAAGUUCUGCUUUCAGCAUCAAGAUUCUGUGUUCUUCCUACCUAUCUCUCCCUUCUACAAGAUACAGCUGUAAAAAUAAUGUUUCUAGUCCAUUAGUCUGACCAUGGACACCAAAUAAUGUGGUCUGACCAGAUAAUUUCCAAGCUAUUAGUUGUUGUACUCUCCCACCUCUUUAUAUUCAUGCACUCUAUCCU